AUGGCGAUUCAGUGGACCGAAGUGGUCCUCAAAAUUCAAGACUAUGGCGCGGUGUUGGCGAUUCUCGCCAACUUCUACCUACUAGGCCUCAUCAAUUAUCGAUCGCCCGAGCAAUUGGGCAAUUAUAAAUACCUAAUGAUGUAUAUUUCAAUAUUCGAGAUCUUCUAUUCAAUCAUUGGCGUUGCUCUCCAUCCGGCCGUCUAUACCUACAAAUCGGCCUAUAUCAUUUUUGUCGACGUGCGCUCGUUCGCGUUGGGCCGCGAUUCGGCGGCAUUCUUGAACGUGUUGUUUUGCGCACUCUAUGAGUUCUCGAUGGCCGUGUUCGGCAUCAAUUUCAUUUAUCGAUAUGCGAUCACACGCGGGUUCGCCUUCGGACAGACCACCAAGUCUCAUCGCGCUCUUUUCAGACUCAAAUCCUAUUUCGAGGGCGCCUAUUUUGCGAUAUGGCUUCUCAUUCCGGUAUUCUACACGCUAUUCUGGAUACUAGUCAUCGAUGUGUGCUUCGGACCAUUCGACGAAUUCUCAGACCUCAUACGGUACAAAUUGAGCGUGCUGAAAAAAAAUAACAGAAGCACGGAAUUGCAUUUGAGGGGUCCGUUGCUGGAAAAUUUUGACAUCCAAUUAGCGGACAUCGUCUACCUAGGUCCCUACUUCUUCCCGGUGAAUCGCAACGGGACCCGCUAUACCAACUACACUACAGUCGUCGGAAUGUUCAGCCUCACCGCUUCAGUAAUGCUCUCAGCGUUCUGUGUGAUCUUCUUCGGAAUCAAAUGCUAUUGGGGAAUCUACAAAAUUGUGCGAGAGUUCAACUCGUCAAACUACCGCGGCCUACAGCGGCAGCUUUUUGAGGCAUUGGUAAUGCAGACAGCAAUUCCAUUCAUUCUCAUGUACAUCCCGGGAUCUGUAUUAUACAUGCUUCCGCUACUUGAUAUGGACUUUGGCUUCGUCACCACCUUCAUCAGCAUCACCAUAGCGAUCUAUCCAGCGAUCGAUCCCCUUCCAACCAUCUUCAUUGUUAAGAAGUAUCGAUUGGCAACGAUUGAGAUCUUCAAAGGGUUGGCACGCAUUCUAUUAUUCGACAAGCGAUCCAAGGGCAAACGAUUUAGUGAAUCUAAUUAA